AUGGCUGACGAACCUCGACGCUCCGGUCGCGCCACCAAGGGCCAGUACACCAAAGAUCGCGAUAUACUCGAAGAUGUACCUGCGAAGAAGAAAGGCAAAGGAAAAGGCGGCAAAGCGAAAACAACCGACCAGGAGGAAGAAGGGGACGAAAUCAUACGUUGUGUAUGCGGCACAUACGAGGAGGAAGAAGAUGUCCCUCGAGCUAUGAUCUGCUGCGACACUUGCUCAGCAUGGCAGCAUAACAGUUGUAUGGGUCUUCCGGAGGACUACGAAGCUGACUCGUACUUUUGCGAACAAUGCAAACCCGGAAACCACAAGGCGCUGUUGCAAGCUAUUACGAGAGGAGAAAAGCCAUGGGAAGAAGCAGCCAGGCAAAGAAGGGCAGCUGUGGAGGCAGAAAAGGCAAAGAAGAGAGGCGGCAGAAAAGGUCGAAAAUCAGGAGGCCCUCGGACCAGUGAAGUGACCUCUCACGCGUCGCCCGAGGCAGAAGAGACGACGCCGCAGGCUCCUGCAACUGGACAGAAGCGCAAGCUUGAAGGCUCCCCCAGUGUUAUAUCCGAGAUCAAGAACAAAAAGGCUCGAGCGACACCUGCGGCGGAAACCAAUGGCGCCAAAGCCACAACUCCUGCCCGCAAACCCAGUCAGUCCGAAGGACCCUCGAGGCAGGCAUCAAUAUCAGAGUCGGUGUCGGGCGUUGCGUUGGAUGCGACGGAACUCAACAACACUGCGCGAAAGCAUGCGGCCUCCACCUUGAUCAAGCUCAUAGAUCAACAAAUCAAAGAUGCUGUGAGCGAAAAGGAGUAUGCUAUUCCCGCGGGCUCGACGCAAGUUGACAUCGCGAAUCGCCUUGGUUUGGCUCUCGAGCAUGCGCUGUAUCAGGUCCAGGCUGGUGGCAACGGCGACCCGAAUGAUGCCUACAAAAACCAGCUACGGUCGAUAACCUUCAACGUCAAGAAGAACCAUGCACUAAGACUACGACUACUCAAGGGCGAGCUUGCCCCACAUACACUCGCGGCAAUGGAUCCGAAGGACAUGGCUAGUGAAGAAUUGAAACGUAAGGACGCGGCCAUUGUGAAGGAGCUGGAGAAGCAACACACCAUCAUCGAAGACCAGGGACCUCGAAUUCGGCGGACACACAAGGGGGAAGAGUACGUGGACGAAUCGAGGCAGGUUGCGGCCGAGUCUGCGACUUCGAAUGCACCUGUCAAGAAACCCAGCCUUGCAGAAGGAGAUACGGAGAUGAAGAGUCCUGUGGUGGAGAGCCCUCGAGAGACGACAGGCAGUUCUGGCAAAGGAGCCACGCCGGCGAAAACCAAAGCAACCGCGGAUCCUGCGAGAAGACAGUCCUCUGCCAACUUCGAUAUAGACAAAGUAUGGUCUAAUGUCCAGGGUUCCCCGGAUGCCGAAGGCCAGCGGUUUGGCGAACUUCCCCGGCAAUCACCCGGUCUGCCCAUUCAAGAACCCGUGGGGCCCGGCGCCAAGGCAGAUGCGGAUAUUGAUGAACUUCUCAAGGAUGAGGAUGCCGAAUCGCCUCCAUACUCGCCCAAGGAAACUUCAGAAGCGGACGGGGUCGUGUGGAGGGGAACGGUCAACGGCGGCAGUCUGGGUAGAUUCCACGCUGUAGCCAAGUAUGCAGCUGGAGCCACUCCGGAUUGUGACACUCUGCGGAUGACCUACGACCAACUGAUCCCGCCGGACAUCGCCAUAGGAGGGCGAAUUCAACCUCUGCGCGCGGACGAAUAUCUCUGCGGUCUCGAGUACAGCAACUCGUCAGAUCUGGUUAUUGUCUGGAUGCCCGAGCCACAGAACUCACAUGACCAAGAACAAUUUGACCGACUGUUCCGGUACUUCAAGGCCAAAGAUCGAUUUGGAGUUGGCAUUCAGCAUCAGAAUCCGGCCAUCAAAGACAUCUAUCUCAUCCCCCUGGACGUCGGUCAGGAACUACCUACCUUUGUUAAGAAGCUCGAAACGGAUUUCCCAGACCCUGCACGCGAGCGCAUGCUUCUGAUUCCCAUCGUUAUUAAGAACAGCGAGUUGCCUCACAACAUGACGGCCGCGGUGCUGGAGGGAUCUGUGCCGAGUCCAUCGACGAGGGGUUCUCUGGUCGCGCAGACCCCGAUCACACCGCACGAUGGCAGCUUCGAACUUUCUCAGCCCGGCGCAUAUUCCCAGUCGCCCGUGCCUGGUCAAUAUGGCGGCGUCAACGGCGGUCUUCAAAUGGUGCCACCGCAACCUCAUCCACACCCUAGUCUGACACCACAAUCCCAUCAUCCUCCUACGUUCUCGACAUCAACCGCUGCUGGCUCACCGUACCCACCCCAGCAGCACCAACAGCAGCACCAACAGCAGCACCAACCGCCACAGUCAGUGGCCAUGGUCAACGCACAGAAAGUCCUAGGGCCUCUGGCGGGCAGUCCUGCUGUGGUCCAACUCUGCUCACAAGUUCCUGGAGCCGGCGAGAACGAGUUCAAAGUCGUCAAAGAGUGUCUGGAGAAGAACCCAGAGGCUGGAAACAGUCUGGAAGUGUUGACCGGGAUGCUACAGCAUUUCACGAACGCUGCUAGUGGUGCUAAUGCCAACGCCAAUCCUGCCGGUGAUGGCGCUGGAGGACAGUAA